UGAUUUGAUGGCGUAGUAAGAAUAUUCACCACUACUUCCUGUUUGAAGUUGUACGUUACAACAAAGGGACAGUGUGGUUAUAUUUUAUAAACUUUUUUUUUUCAUGGAGUGUAUAAUGGCGGAUACUACAGCACAGAAGGUUCAAGAAUACAAGGAUUCCUUAAAAACAAAGGCUGAACAACUAUUAUUAAAAGGAUUUCCAGAAAAAAUUGUUAAAUUGAAUGAAUUAUUGGAAACCCCUGGCUUUUGCAAUAGAAAAUUAUCAGAUGUUCAUCAAGAUUUAAAUGUACCCAUUCCAGAUCCUAUUAUUCUUAAUCAUUCCGAAAAUGAUUCUACUACAAAAAAACGAAAAGUAGAUAAUAGUAUAGAUGAUACCAGUGGAACCAAAGUGAUGGUUUUACCAAAUGGACCUGUACCUUGUAACAAGCCCUUGUGUGAUCUUAUUCACAUAGUUAAACCUUAUAUUCGACAACUAUUGGAAGAUUCUAAUUUGUUGAAAAUGUGGAUUUCAUUUUUGAUUCCAAAAAUUGAAGAUGGUAAUAAUUUUGGUGUGUCAGUACAAGAAGAUACACUUGCUGAAAUACAGUCAGUUGAAAGUGAAGCUGCUGCAUUUUUUGAUCAAAUAUCUAGGUAUUUUAUCUCUAGAGGAAAGAUUGUUAGUAAAGUUGCAAAAUAUCCACACAUCAGCGAUUAUAGAAGAGCAGUUCAAGAAUUAGAUGAAAAAGAAUAUGUAAGCUUAUGGCUAGUUAUGUGCGAGGUCCGUAAUCGUUAUUGUUCUUUGCACGAUUUGGUAAUCAAGAACUUGGAGAAGAUAAAAAAACCUCGCUCUUCCAACGCGCAAUCUUUGUAUUAAAUGCUAUAUAUGCUAUUUCUAUUGAAUAAUGUACAGGAUUGUAAUGGAAAAAAGAAACAAAAAGAAAAAAAAUCUGCACGCCGGAGAGAGUGUUAUUCUUGAUUUUUCAAUAGAAAAUUCAAAUUAUUUUUUUUUUUUAUUUGAUCGCCGUGACGUUGACUCAUUGUCAUUCACUUGAGCCAUAUCCAAAGCAAUCUAAAUCGGCAUUAUAAGUUAUGAUAAUGAUUCUGCACACUUUAGCAAAAAA